CUUGCUAUUUUGAUCCAAACAAAGGGUAGCUGCUUUCUUGGUUCAUAUCAUUGGCCCCCUUUUGUUUCUGUUGAUUGAAAAGACAGGAUAAAAGUACUGUUGGCUUUAUAUUAGCUUUUCUUGAAGGAACCUAAUUGAAUUUGUGCUGUAAAAGGAUAUGAUGCUGGCUUUUGCAAGUCCUUCCUGCUGCAGUGUCCAUACAAGUUCAACUUGCCAUACUUUACUUAGAGAACUAGAGCAAAUAUGGAAGGACAUUGGAGAGACUGAAGCUGAUAAAGACCAUAUGCUGUCGGAGCUGGAGAGAGAGUGUUUGGAAGUUUAUCGAAGAAAAGUUGAAGAAGCUGCAAAUACAAAAGCAUGUCUUCAUCAAUCUGUUGCAACCAAAGAAGCCGAGGUUGCAACAUUAAUGGCUGCUCUUGGUGAACUCAAUGUUAAUUCACUGAAACAGCCAGAGAAGAAGUCAGCAUCAUUGAAGGAGCAACUAGCAUUAGUUACACCACUUAUCGAUGAUUUAAGAGUUAAGAAAGAUGAAAGAGUUAAGCAGUUUGCAGAUGUAAAGACACAAAUCGACAAGAUAACUAGUGAGAUUUCCGGGUAUUCUAAUAUCAUCAAUGCCGUGAGUUCCUUAAAUCUGGAAGAUCAUGACUUGUCACUGAGAAACCUCUCCGAAUACAAAUCUCAUCUUCGUGCUCUUCAAAAGGAGAAGUCUGAACGGAUCCAAAAAGUUGUGGACUGUGUAAAUGAGGUGCACUCUUUGUGUGGUGUGCUGGGGCUGGAUUUUGGCAAAACUGUGAGUGAUGUGCAUCCAAGCUUGCAUGAAACAAGCCUGGGACAAUCCACUAACAUUAGCGUCAGCGCAUUGGAAAGUCUUGAACAGGCCAUCUUCAGACUGAAGACAGAAAGAAAAGUUCGAUAUCAGAAGCUAAAAGAUGUUGCUGGAUUGUUGUUUGAGCUUUGGACCUUAAUGGAUACAACCAGAGAAGAAAAGAGUAAGUUAUCGAGGAUCACUUGCGUUCUUCGUCUUUCUGAGGCAGAGGUUACAGAACCAGGUGCUCUUUCUUUGGAGGUUAUUCAACAGAUAUCGACAGAAGUGGAGAGGCUGACCAAAUUGAAAGCAAGCAGGAUGAAGGAGUUGGUCAUAAAAAGGAGAGCAGAGCUGGAGGACAUAUGCUACAAAAACCAUAUCGAUCCUGAUCCAAGUACUUCAGCCGAUAAAUCUAGUGCAAUGAUAGACUCUGGUCUUGUGGACCCUUGUGAACUCCUGGAAAAUAUUGAAGCACAAAUAAGCAAAGCAAAGGAUGAAGUUUUAAGUCGAAAAGAUAUAAUGGAUAAAAUAGACUGGUGGCUUUUUGCUUGUGAGGAGGAAAACUGGCUUGAAGAUUAUAACCAGGAUUAUAGACGUUACAGUGGUGGAAGAGGUGCUCACAUAAACUUAAAGCGGGCUGAGCAAGCUAGAAUUAAAGUGACUAAAAUUCCAGUCGUGGUUAACGCUUUGAUUAACAAGACACUAGCUUGGGAAGAUGAGAAACAGAAGUUGUUUCUUUAUGAUGGGGUGAGAUUGGUGUCAAUAUUGGAGGAUUACAAAGUGGUUAGACAGCAGAAAGAAGAGUCAAAGAAACGUGCUCGGGAUCAGAAGAAACUCCAUGAUAUGCUGCUGGCAGAGAAGGAAUCUGCAUAUGGUUCCAAACCUAGCCCGAGAAGAAGCAGCAGCUUUAGGAAGGCAAAUGGUUACCAUGCCAAUGGACAUGGAUCUGUUACACCCUCGCCACGCAGGAGCUCAAUGUCUUGUGCAACUCCAGAGCUCUUAACACCCCGUUCCAACUCUGUGCGGCACAAUGGUUAUUUCAAGGAAAUGACAAGGCUCUCUACCGGCCCUCUCAACUUUGUGGCUAUGGCUAAAGAAGAUACCGUGUCAUUCUCUUCUAUUUCCGGUUCUGAUCCAGAAUCUCCACUUCAAGCUUGAACUCACAAAUUGAGUUGGUAUGUCUGUCUCAUCAAUUUUCUAUCAAAUUAUAGAGUUCAGUGUCAUUUCAAUUCUGGACUUUUCAAGAAUCUCUUUCUUGAAAAUAAUUUUUUUCGCUACCCUCUCGUGAUAUUUUUUUAGAACUCAUGAAUAAGUGUUUCAGUUCUUACUUGUGGUGUGAAAGCCAUCUAAUCAUUCGUUUAUUGUCCUCCUAUUAUACUUUAUAUUGCUCUGCCUAUUACUUUAAAGUGCAUCUGAUGAAUUGCUUCAACGUCGAAUACUAUUGUUUCAACUU